GAGGCAGAGCAGAAAGGGGGCAGCAGCGGCCACCGCCGGCCUCCCGCCGCGCUGACAGGCUGGGCGGGCCCCGGCUCUGGGCGAGCUCGCGCGGCGUCGGCGCUUCGGCCGCGGCCCCGGGUCCGGAGGCGCCCGUCCGGGUGAGGGCUGCAGGCGGCUGCCGGAUCCGCCUCUGCGGGAUGUGAGUGCGGGCCAAGCCCGCGCGGGAGGGCCCCCGAGGGCCCAGCCUGGCGGCCGCUCGACCCUACGCCCGGCUCGGGGGCUCCCUAGACCUCGGCCCGCCCGACACGUCUCGGAGGAGCGGAUCCUGCGCGCCUCGGGGCGCUCCUGUGUAGCCCGACCCGUGUCGCCGGUUCCUGAAGCAGGCGACGGGAACAAGAUGUGAACUGUUUUUCCUCCCUAGAAAAAGAGGCCCUUCUUUCCUCUCCCGCGAAGGCCAAUGUUCUGAAAAAGGCUCUGGAUGGGAAUGGCUUGCCUAACAAUGACAGAAAUGGAGGCAGCCUCCGCAUCUCCUGUACAUCAGAAUGGUGAUAUUCCUGGAAGUACUAAUUCUGUGAAGCAGAUAGAUCCAGUCCUUCAAGUGUAUCUGUACCAUUCUCUUGGGCAAGCUGAAGGUGACUAUCUGAAGUUUCCAAAUGGAGAGUAUGUUGCAGAAGAAAUUUGUGUGGCUGCUUCUAAAGCUUGUGGUAUUACGCCUGUGUAUCAUAACAUGUUUGCUUUAAUGAGUGAAACAGAAAGGAUCUGGUAUCCACCCAAUCACGUCUUCCACAUAGAUGAGUCAACCAGGCAUAAUAUACUCUACAGAAUAAGGUUUUACUUUCCUCAUUGGUACUGCAGUGGCAGCAACAGAACCUACAGAUAUGGAGUAUCUCGUGGAGCUGAAGCUCCUCUUCUUGACGACUUUGUCAUGUCUUACCUUUUUGCUCAGUGGCGGCAUGAUUUUGUUCAUGGAUGGAUAAAAGUACCUGUGACUCAUGAAACUCAGGAAGAAUGUCUUGGGAUGGCAGUGUUAGACAUGAUGAGAAUAGCUAAGGAGAAGGACCAGACUCCACUGGCUGUCUAUAACUCUGUCAGCUACAAGACAUUCUUACCAAAGUGCGUUCGAGCAAAGAUCCAAGACUAUCACAUUUUAACACGGAAGCGAAUAAGGUAUAGGUUUCGCAGAUUCAUUCAGCAGUUCAGUCAGUGUAAAGCCACUGCCAGGAACCUAAAACUUAAGUAUCUUAUAAACCUGGAGACCCUGCAGUCUGCCUUCUACACAGAGCAGUUUGAAGUGAAAGAAUCUGCAAGAGGUCCUUCAGGUGAGGAGAUUUUUGCAACCAUUAUAAUAACUGGAAACGGUGGAAUUCAGUGGUCAAGAGGGAAACAUAAGGACAGUGAGACCCUGGCAGAACAGGAUUUCCAGUUAUACUGUGAUUUUCCUGAUAUUAUUGAUGUCAGUAUUAAGCAAGCAAACCAGGAAUGCUCAAAUGAAAGUAGAAUUGUAACUGUCCAUAAACAAGAUGGUAAAAUUUUGGAAAUAGAACUUAGCUCAUUAAAAGAAGCCUUGUCAUUUGUGUCGUUAAUUGACGGGUAUUACAGACUAACUGCGGAUGCUCACCAUUACCUCUGUAAAGAGGUGGCUCCUCCUGCCGUGCUUGAAAACAUACACAGCAACUGCCAUGGCCCAAUUUCAAUGGAUUUUGCCAUUAGCAAACUAAAGAAGGCAGGCAACCAGACUGGAUUGUAUGUACUUCGAUGUAGCCCUAAGGACUUUCACAAGUACUUUCUGACCUUCGCAGUUGAGCGAGAAAAUGUCAUUGAAUAUAAACACUGUUUGAUUACGAAGAAUGAGAAUGGAGAAUACAAUCUCAGUGGGACUAAGAGGAACUUCAGUAAUCUUAAGGACCUUUUGAAUUGCUACCAGAUGGAAACUGUGCGCUCAGACAGUAUCAUCUUCCAGUUCACCAAAUGCUGUCCCCCAAGGCCAAAAGAUAAAUCAAACCUUCUUGUCUUCAGAACAAAUGGUAUUUCUGAUGUUCAGAUCUCACCAACAUUACAGAGGCAUAAUAAUGUGAAUCAAAUGGUGUUUCAUAAAAUCAGGAAUGAAGAUUUGAUAUUUAAUGAAAGUCUUGGCCAAGGUACUUUUACAAAAAUUUUUAAAGGUGUAAGAAGAGAAGUUGGAGAUUAUGGUCAACUUCAUGAAACAGAAGUUCUUUUGAAAGUCCUAGAUAAAGCACAUAGAAACUAUUCAGAGUCUUUCUUUGAAGCAGCAAGCAUGAUGAGUCAGCUUUCUCACAAACAUUUGGUUUUGAAUUAUGGAGUAUGUGUCUGUGGAGACGAGAACAUUCUGGUUCAAGAGUUUGUAAAAUUUGGAUCACUGGAUACAUACCUGAAAAAAAACAAAAAUUCCAUAAAUAUAUUAUGGAAGCUUGGAGUGGCUAAACAGUUGGCAUGGGCCAUGCAUUUUCUAGAAGAAAAAUCCCUUAUUCAUGGGAAUGUGUGUGCCAAAAAUAUCCUGCUUAUCAGAGAAGAAGACAGGAAAACCGGGAAUCCACCUUUCAUCAAACUUAGCGAUCCUGGCAUUAGCAUUACAGUUCUCCCGAAGGACAUUCUUCAGGAGAGAAUACCAUGGGUACCACCUGAAUGCAUUGAAAAUCCUAAAAAUUUAAAUCUGGCAACAGACAAGUGGAGUUUCGGUACCACUCUGUGGGAGAUCUGCAGUGGAGGGGAUAAGCCUCUGAGUGCUCUGGAUUCUCAAAGAAAGCUGCAGUUUUAUGAAGAUAAGCACCAGCUUCCUGCACCCAAGUGGACAGAAUUAGCAAACCUUAUAAAUAAUUGCAUGGAUUAUGAGCCAGAUUUCAGGCCUGCUUUCAGAGCUAUCAUCCGUGAUCUUAACAGCCUGUUUACUCCAGAUUAUGAACUACUAACAGAAAAUGACAUGCUACCAAACAUGAGAAUAGGUGCCCUAGGAUUUUCUGGUGCUUUUGAAGACAGGGACCCUACACAGUUUGAAGAGAGACACUUGAAAUUUCUACAGCAACUUGGCAAGGGUAACUUUGGGAGUGUGGAGAUGUGCCGAUAUGACCCGCUGCAGGACAACACUGGAGAGGUGGUCGCCGUUAAGAAGCUCCAGCACAGCACGGAAGAGCAUCUCCGAGACUUUGAAAGGGAGAUUGAGAUCCUGAAGUCCCUGCAGCACGACAACAUUGUGAAGUACAAGGGAGUGUGCUACAGCGCUGGUCGGCGCAACCUAAGAUUAAUUAUGGAAUAUUUGCCAUAUGGAAGUUUACGAGACUAUCUCCAAAAACAUAAAGAACGGAUAGAUCACAAAAAACUUCUGCAGUACACAUCUCAGAUCUGCAAGGGCAUGGAAUAUCUUGGUACAAAAAGGUAUAUCCACAGGGAUCUGGCAACAAGGAAUAUAUUGGUGGAAAAUGAGAACAGAGUUAAAAUAGGAGAUUUUGGAUUAACCAAAGUCUUGCCGCAGGACAAAGAAUACUACAAAGUAAAGGAGCCAGGUGAAAGUCCCAUAUUCUGGUAUGCUCCCGAAUCCUUGACAGAGAGCAAGUUUUCUGUGGCCUCAGACGUGUGGAGCUUUGGAGUGGUUCUAUAUGAACUCUUCACAUAUAUCGAGAAGAGUAAAAGUCCACCAGUGGAAUUUAUGCGAAUGAUUGGCAAUGAUAAACAAGGGCAGAUGAUUGUGUUCCAUUUGAUAGAGCUACUGAAGAAUAACGGAAGAUUGCCGAGACCAGAAGGGUGUCCAGAUGAGAUUUAUGUGAUCAUGACAGAGUGCUGGAACAACACUGUAAACCAACGCCCGUCUUUCAGGGACCUUUCCCUGCGGGUAGAUCAAAUCCGGGACAGUAUGGCUGCAUGAAAGAGAUGGCCGUUCCGCAGAGACCAGGCUGACUUCCAGAACCAGAGCAAAGCUCGAGCUGCAUGGCUGUGGACCGUAUCCACACGUCCUUGUCAUGAUGCUAGCCGGAAGAUGUGAUGCUGGCCGCUCCAAACUCUGUGAAUAUUUUUACGUCCCGUCUGUGAACUCCUGCUGAAGUCUGGCAGGAUGCUCGCGCGCGGAUUCAUGCUGCCCACCACAGCCACUGCAUCAUCUCCUCUGGCUGAAGUCUGGCAGGAUGCUUGCGCGCGGAUUCAUGCUGCCCACCACAGCCACUGCAUCUCCUCUGGCUGAAGGAGGAAAUAGACAUUUUCAACUCAGCUCUUUGAGAAAUGAAAUGAUUACAAUGUAAAUUUUUCAGUGUAAGUGAUACACGACAUACAUGUACAGUUUUUACCACGUGGAGUGUAUGAUACUUUGGCAUCUUGUGUGAUUUACAUGAGGCUCAUGUUUAUUAAUGUUUUCUAAUUUUUCCAUAGUUGAUCUAUAAUAACUUCAUGAUACAAAUUAAAAUGCUCAGAAAAUUAAAUACCCUUUCUUUCUUGCUCAUCUACACUGCUCUGUUAGGGCCUAUAGUUCCAUGUCACUGUAAAUAUUUUUCAAAGCAAAAGGAACAAAAGUCUAGUUUUACUUGUGUAGGAAAUCUUCCUGACCCUAAAGAAUUUUGAAAUGGGACAAUCUUACAAAGAUACAGCACGAUCUAUUUUCUUAUUUGUUUUCCUUGUGUUUAUGGUAAAUAUGUUUUUAAAUAGAACUGCCUCCAACUUUUUCUAUGAGUAUAAUGAAUAGUAUUCUUUUAUAUUUUUGAGAUUAAGAAUGCCAGAAAUACUUCCCUCCCUUGAACUGUUAACUGCCAAUGAGACGUUUCAAUCCCUGAGACUUGUCAUUAUACAUUAAAUUGAAGCAUAAGCCAUAAAUAAUUUGUAAAAUGUAUAAGCUCUUUAAGAUGCUUAACGGGUUAGAACGUGGUCUAAGACUGUGUCCGAGGGGUUUCCAGGCUUGCUGUUACAGCAGUGAGAGAAGUGUCCCUUCGUCAGAGUCUCCCAGACAGACAGCAGGGAAAGGUUGUGGAGCUGUUCAUUCCAUUCAGGAAUACGAGCAGACGUGUAAUGUACAUCUCUAGAAGAGAGGAGAGAGCAUACAUAUUUUCAGAGUAUAAGUAAUUGUUACCAUUCGUAGUGCUGCUCCAGCUUAGACUGUCAUGUCAAAAAUAAAGCAAGAUUUUUGUGUGUUA